AAUCACAUCAACUCAAAUUGAGCUAAAAGUUCAAAACUUUCAAACAGUCGUGUUGUGAUUACGCGCAACAAAAAUCUUUAUAUAUUUUGUCAUGAUUACAAUAUAAGGAGUUUUUAAGUGAAGUUUAAGUGUCCCAAAAACUGUUUUAAAUGUUACAAAUACGAUGGAUUACUCGGAAUCACAUAUUGGUUCAUGAAGUAAAAAGUUAUGGCUCAAAUAUGCGAUGUAUCUCAGGCUUCUGCUUGGUUACCGUUGGUUCGGGCAUCUGCUAUUGGAUGGAUACCUGUCACACAACAUCCUCUCCCAAAAAACGUGUGCAAAAAGGAUGACUCCAGUCGGGAUGUUUUUGAAAAGAAGGCAGUUAUCAAUGUUAGUGGCCACAGAUUUGAAGUUCUAACUAGCAGUUUGAAUCGAUAUCCACACACCUUAUUGGGGUCCAAUGAACGUGACUAUUUCUACGAUGAAAAGAGUGGUGAAUAUUAUUUUGAUCGAGAUCCUGAGAUAUUCCGACAUAUUCUUACUUAUUAUCGUUGUGGCCAUCUCCAUUAUCCUAAAAAGGAGUGCGUUAUCCAAUAUGAAGAUGAGCUCGCUUAUUUCCGAAUAGCUUCAGAAGCUCUUGGUGAUUGCUGUUAUGAGGAUUAUCACGACAGUAAGCGCGAAAACUCUGAACGUUUGUUGGAAGAGCGGUCAUCAACGAAGGAAAAUGCCGAGGUACCAAAAGAUUUCCGUAACAGACUAUGGCAAGCCUUUGAAAAUCCUGAGUUUUCUACAACUGCAAUUGUAAUAUACUACGUAACUGGCUUUUUUAUUGCUGUUUCUGUCUUUGCAAAUAUCACUGAGACUAUACCAUGUGGACCAGAACCUGGAUUAAGUAGACAACGAGCUUGUGGAGACAGAUACAUAGGUGCUUUUUCAUGUCUUGACACAGCUUGUGUUGUUAUAUUCACAAUAGAAUAUUGUGCAAGAAUGUAUGCCGCUCCUAGUAGAUGGAAAUUUUUUAUAUCUGUAAUGAGCAUAAUUGAUGUCGUGGCUAUAUUACCUUUCUAUAUUGGCUUACUUAUGCCAGAUAAUAAAAGUGUCUCUGGUGUAUUCACAACACUACGCGUAUUUCGAGUGUUCAGAGUAUUCAAAUUCUCUCGUCAUAGUGUUGGCUUACGGAUACUUGGUUACACUUUGAAAUCUUGUGCUUCUGAAUUGGGCUUCCUUCUGUUCAGUUUAACAAUGGUUAUUAUAAUUUUUGCUACAGUAAUGUAUUAUGCUGAGAAAUCUGUUGAAGGAACCACCUUUUCUAGUAUUCCAUCAUCAUUUUGGUAUACUAUUGUUACAAUGACUACACUUGGAUAUGGUGAUAUGGUUCCAGAGACAAUAGUUGGGAAAAUUGUUGGUGGAAUGUGUUCACUUUCUGGUGUGCUUGUGAUUGCUUUACCAGUUCCUGUCAUUGUAUCUAACUUCUCUCGCAUUUACAAUCAAAGUCAAAGAUCUGAUAAGAGACAAGCACAAAAACGUGCUAGACAAGCAAGGAUAAGAUUAGCUCAAUUAAUGGCCACUGUUAAUGCUUGUGCAGAGAAAUCUGAUAGUCCAAAGCCAUCAAGUUGUGAAAGUGAUAUUGAUGAUAAUGAUAAUGAUGAUGAUGAUGAUGAAAUGUCUAAGAAAUGUUAUCAUUUCCAUGAAAGUAUGAAUACAUCGUAUUCAUCUAUUUCACCUUCGACUACAAUUACUACAAGUCAUUUAAUUCAAAAAAAUCAUAAUCAGAAAUGGAGAAAUUCAACAGAUAGUGAUUUAACAAUUGGUUGUCAAUCUCGGUUAACUCGAAGUCAUUCAUUAAAUUUAUUGAAAAAAGAAACAAGAGAUCUUGUCAAUCAUUCGUACAAUGGUAAAGAGCAUUCACUAUCAAACAAGAUAAAUGAACAGUAUACUACUUGUAAGCAUUGUAUAUCUAAUCACUUAGCUGAUGGAUUGAUAAAAAAUAUCUCACCUGAUUCAGAUCGUACAGUAAUUCCGAAAGAAAAACCUCAUACAUCUUACAACUCAUCAAAGGAGAGUAUUUGUCAGACAGUAGAAUAUGCGUCGAGCAGUGUACCAUACUCAUCUACUCACGGGUUAAGUAACCGAAGAAAAACAUUCAGUUGUACACAGUCACUUAACAAUGAAGAGAAAAUUCUGAAUAAAAAGUAUCGUCAUUGUAAUAUUAGUCAUACGAAAGCAGCUUUUUUACCGAUCUAUAUUCAUCCGGCUAGUCAGAAUAGUUUAGUAACAACAAAUCCAAAUAAACUUAAAUUUUAUAAUGAUCAUCAUAAACAUAAAGGAAGUAAAAAGCGAGUGAUUAAACAGAAUACAUUAUCAAGGAGAAGUUCGCAUAGAAGUAAAUUAACAUUUGAAGAUCUUAUACUGUUACAACAAAAACAUUUGAUGGAUUGUUUACAUGUAGUAACGGCAAGAUCAUCGUUAGUUAACGAGUCAAUGGAAACAAAUAAUCAUUCAAUUACUAAAAAUCCAUUGAUUAAUGCUUUAAAUCAUGGAAAUAUAAAACAUCAUCGACGUUUAACUAGUGAAUCUGUAUCCAAAAUUUCACGUAUACUACGAAUGAGAUCAUCUAUAACAAAAGAUUUUUGUGAGAAUAGAAAAUCAUUAAGUAAUAACAGUGUCUGUGAUAAUAUUGAUGUUAAUGGUAUAAAGAAUCGAAGUAAUCAUCAUAAGUCAUUUAUUGACAAAUUAUCUAAUAGUCAUUCAACAGAUCAUCAUCAUCAUCAUCCUAUGGAUUUCAAUUCUCUACGUCAUUUACAUAUCUUUCGAUCACCUUAUUCACGUAGUUCACAUUCAUCAGUUGAUAAACAUUCAUCUAUCAAUUUAACUACAUUUCUUAAAUUGAAACCAAACCUUCUUAAGUUAAAACAUGAUCAAACUCAUCUGAAUUUUUAUAACCAGGUGGAUUGUUCAACAAAUGAUAAUUAUAACAAUGAAGAAAGAGGAAAUAUUGAACUUGUAGAUUCAUGUCAAGCGUUAAAUACUGCUGAAGAUAAUAAUAAUAAUAAUAAUAAUUCAGGUAAUAAUCAAUUUGUUGUUAACAGAAAUUUAUCAACUAUUGAUCAAUUAAACUGUCAUUUAUACAGUGAAACAAAACCCCUACUGGAUACAGUAAACUUUUUUAAUAGUGAUGAAUAUGGUUUAUUUGAUAGAUAUAAAGAAAAAUCAGUUUUUUCUAAGAAAUCAAAUUUAGCUUCAAGUUUCACUUGGCCUCCAUUUACAUUAUUAUCCAGUUCAUUAUUAAAUCAAUCAAAACUUGAUGAUAUUAAAACAUCAUCAUAUGAUCAUUCUUACAGGAUAUCUAAUCAGAAUAACCAUAAUAAUAAUAAUGAUAAUAAUAAUGAGAUAUCUUAUUGUGAUGAUACUUGCUUUGUUCAAACUAUAGCUACCAGUAACAAUAAUAAUAUUACUCCUGAAUCUAGUAUAAAUUAUAACAGAAAAUAUAAUAAUAAUAAUAAUAAUAAUAAUAAACUAAAUUUUUCAUCCUUAUCAUCAUUUAUACACCCUAAUAUCAUGAAUUCAUCAUUAGAUGAUGAAAGUAUGACAGAGUUUGCUAGCGCUCAAUCAUCUAUUUCAAGUAGAGAAAAUUCCAAUAGUAUAUCAAAUAAUUAUACUAUCUUUUUACAAGAUAAAAAACAAUCAUCAUCAAUAGAUAAUAAAUAUGAAAAAGGAUAUUUUAAAUAUUCAAAAUUAAAUCCAAAAUUUUCAUAUUCAUUUCCUUAUGAUUUAUAUCAUAAUUCAUGGUUAAAUAUAACAAAGAAAUAUAUUGAUAAACAAUCUGAAGUAAAAUUUUCUACAAAACUUAUCAAAUCAAAUAUUGAUAAUUUAGGUGUAAUGCAUUCAAGUGUUCCAAGUAUAAAUUCUGAAUAUUAUUCACCAAUACCAUAAUUAUAAAUAAAUUAUAAAGUGUAAUUCAACACACUGUUGUCAACAUAGGUCCAGUGAAAAGAUACAAAAUUAUCUUCUAAUCAUUUAGAAGUAUUGUAAAGUAUCUUUAUCAAUACAUAUUUAUACAUUGGUUGUGAAAUGAAAUUUUUAAUUGCAUUGGAAUACAAAACAAAAUGUUAUUUUGAAAUAUUCUUCAUUCCCGUAAAGAAGAUAAUGAUGGUCUUAUCUGAAAUUGGUGUAUGGAUCCCCGUGAUAUAUUUCGUAAGGUGUUUCAGCUAUAUAUAUAUAUAUAUAUAUAUAUAUAUAUAUAUAUAUACGUUGUUGCCCGAAGUACAACCCUUCUACCAGUUUCUGCCUGUCUGCAUACUCA